AUGAAAGUAUAUCUUUUAGGAUUAAAAUUGAUGAUUUUUGUCCAUGUAAAAUUGGAUAUGAUGAAUAUGAAAUUAAAGACACUUUAUUUGGAUGUAUUUUCUAAAUUAGUUAAUUCAGUAUGCCAUCCAAGAUGUUAAACCUGCUUCUAAGCUGCUGAUGAUACUACAAAUUAAUAUUGUCUAAAUUGUAUUCCUGGAGAAAAAUCGUGUUUUAUCAAUGAAUUCAAAUGUGUAUGCUAGAUAAUUAUGAUGAUAAUAAUGGAACUGUAGAUAUUUGUUUUUGUAAAUUACAUUUAUUAUCAUAGUCUGUGAUUAUACUUGUGGAAGCUAUUAUAAUCUCAACCAAUAGGAUGUGCAACUUGUUUAGAAAGCUCAAAUAGAUACUUGA